AUGUGUGCUCGGGCCGCCGUGCGUUUGUAUGGCAACGCCAACGUCCAGACCAAGCGGCUCUUCCAGCGGCUCAAGAUCCGCAGCACGCCCGCGUUCCUGCUGUUCCGCGGCGGCGAGCUCGUGGGCCAGGGCAGCGGCGCCAACAAGGAGCGCCUGGAGGAGCUGCUGCGCUCACACAUGACGCCAUCAGAGCUGGUUGGCAAGGAGCCCCUGUACAUGGAGGCCGGCGCGGCGGCCAGCGCGUGA